ACUGUUCGUCUUAUUCUCUUUCCUCCUCAUUUUUCUACCUCUAAUCUCCGGUCACCCUCGUCUCUUUAUCUUCUUCUCUGAAUCUCUCCCGCAAUAUCGAGAAUCUCUCUUUUACAGGUAAAAAGUUCCGUCGCCGGGGAUUACAAUGUUUGAGUCUCCGGUAAGCGAAAUAAUUAUGCUUUGAUCGAUCGCUAUUUUCUUUUUUCUUUUGUGUACCCAAAGAAAUGGUAGAUCCGUUUGCUGUGAUUCACUUUCGAUCCAAAAUCUGGUUGCGCAAAAGGAAAAAAAAUCCCUCCAUUAUUGCUUUUACUUUGCUUUUAAUCUCACCCGGACGGUGACUAUUGACUCUGACGGUGGUGUUGGCUUCUUUUUAGGGGGGUGAAUGUGUACAAGUUUGUUGUCAAAUUGUUGGGUUUUUUUUUUUUGAACUUUUUGUUGGGUGAUAUAUAAAAGUAGAUAUUAGCUUUGAUUUUUAUUUUUAUUUUUUGGUUUUUGGGAGUUUUGGUGGUUUGGGGUUCGAUCUUCAAAACUGGGAAAGAUGAAUAUAAGGGCGGCCGAGGAAGAAUCGGCGCAAGAGAUUCAUAUCCCGGCCGAUAUAGAUUGGGAAAUGCUUGAUAAAUCCAAGUUUUUCUUCUUAGGCGCAGCUCUAUUUUCUGGUGUUUCAGCUACCCUUUACCCCGUAGUUUUGGUUAAAACAAGGCAACAAGUUGCUCAAGCUCAAAUUUCGGGUAUCCGUACAGCCUUUUCCAUUGUUAAACACGAAGGUUUCAGGGCUUUGUACCGCGGAUUCGGUACUUCUUUAAUGGGAACAAUCCCGGCUCGAGCUCUUUACAUGGCAGCUCUCGAGGUUACCAAAAGCAAUGUGGGGAGUGCCACAGUUAACUUUGGGAUUCCCGAACCAACGGCGUCCGCAAUUGCUAAUGCGGUAGCUGGAUUAAGUGCUGCAAUGGCUGCACAGCUUGUUUGGACGCCGGUCGAUGUGGUUAGCCAGAGGUUAAUGGUUCAAGGAACCCACCCGAGUUGUAGUUCACCUUGUAGAUAUGUAAAUGGGAUCGAUGCGUUUAGGAAAAUAGUUAAAACGGAUGGCCCAAAGGGGCUGUAUAGAGGCUUUGGGAUAUCGAUUUUAACCUAUGCUCCAUCGAAUGCAGUGUGGUGGGCAUCUUAUUCGGUUGCUCAGAGGCUCGUUUGGGGAGGCAUUGCAUGCUACUUUCGGAAGAAAGACGAUGAGAGCAAUGACAAUGGGAAUAGUAGCAGUAGUAGUAACAAUAAUAAUACGAUUAGGCCAGAUUCGAAGACGGUAAUGGCGGUUCAGGGAGUGAGUGCAGCCAUGGCUGGAGGGGUAUCAGCUUUGAUUACAAUGCCACUGGAUACGAUUAAGACCAGGCUGCAAGUUUUGGAUGGGGAAGAGAAUGGGAGGCGUGGACCAACGAUUGGGCAAACUGUUCGGAAUUUGAUCAAAGAAGGUGGGUGGUUGGCUUGUUACAGAGGGUUGGGGCCGAGGUGGGCGUCCAUGUCCAUGUCUGCAACAACAAUGAUCACUACUUAUGAGUUCCUCAAACGGCUCUCAGCUAAGAACCAAGAGAGCUUGGUGUAAUUACAUCAAGAUGAAAAGAAAAUUAGUGAAAACAGAGGUUUCUUUUUUUCCCUUUAUUUUGGGUUCUUUGAUGUUUGUCUAAAUCAUGCUUCUAAUGCUGUUUCUUUUUUUAAGUUAGCCUGCUGAUGAAUGUAAAUAUGGUGCAGGUUUUUAUGUGAAUAUGAAUAUAAAUCUCUUUGUUUCUUCCCACUA